CUCACAUCCCUUGUAGAGAGCAAUUAAGCAUUGGGGAUAAAACACACAGCCCGAGAGAGGGCUGAGGCUUUUCUCACAGAGAUGGCAAGCCGGACGACUCUCUCUCUCCGGCCAGGAGUCUUCCUCUUCCUCCUCUCCAUCCUUCAGCCCACAAGGCAAGGAGGGGUCCCAGGUGCUGUUCCUGGGGCUGUUCCUGGAGGGGUCUACUAUCCAGGAGCUGGGGGUCUUGGAGGCCUUGGAGCUGGGGGUCUUGGAGCUGGGGGCCUUGGAGCCGGGGGUCUUGGAGCCGGGGGUCUUGGAGGAGCAGGACUUGGAGCCGGAGGCAAACCCCCCAAACCAGGUAUUGGUGGUCUUGGUGGACUUGGGGGAGGCCCUGGAGGACUUGGAGGAGGGCUGGGUGGCUUCCCAGGGGGGGCCUACCCAGGGGGACUGCUGACAGGGCCUGGGGCAGGAGCAGCUUAUAAAGCGGCUGCCAAGGCUGGUCUUGGUCUUGGUGGUGGCGUUGGUGGUGUUGGCGGCGUUGGCGGCGUUGGUGGUGGUGUAGGAGCUGGCGGUGUUGGAGGAGUUGGAGGUGUUGGCGGAGGAGUGUCCACAGGUGCCGUGGUGCCUCAGACUGGUGCAGGAGUGGGAGCUGGAGGAAAGCCCGGGAAAGUUCCAGGUGUGGGCCUUCCCGGAGUAUAUCCAGGUGGAGUUCUCCCAGGAACAGGGGGACGGUUCCCCGGAGUGGGGGUCCUGCCGGGUGUGCCAACUGGAACUGGAGUCAAGCCCAAAGCCCCAGGAGGAGGCGGUGCUUUUGCAGGAAUUCCAGGAGUCGGCCCUUUUGGAGGCCAGCAGCCGGGAGUCCCCCUCGGCUACCCUAUCAAAGCGCCCAAGCUCCCAGGUGGUUAUGGACUACCCUACAGUACUGGAAAGCUGCCUUAUGGUUAUGGGCCAGGUGGCAUUGGCGGAGCUGGGGCAGGUGCAGGGAAAGCGGGCUACCCCACCGGAACAGGAGUUGGUUCUGCAGCAGCUGCAGCCGCAAAAGCAGCUAAGUAUGGUGCUGGUGCAGGAGGACCAGGGGCACUUCCAGGCUUCGGCGUUGGACCUGGAGGACUUCCUGGCAUUGGAGGCAUUGCUGGAGCUGGGUCCCCAGCAGCAGCCGCAGCUGCAGCCGCUAAAGCUGCCAAGUACGGCGCUGCUGGAGGGUUAGUACCAGGUGCUGGUGGCAUCCCAGGUAUUGGAAGCGUUGCAGGUGUUCCAGGUGUUGGUGGAGUCCCAGGUGUUGGUGGAGUCCCAGGUGUUGGUGGAGUCCCAGGUGUUGGUGGUAUCCCAGGUGCUGGUGCCAUCCCAGGAGCAGGAACCCCAGCUGCAGCAGCCAAAGCUGCGGCUAAAGCAGCCAAAUAUGGGGCCAGGGCUGGCACUGGAGUUGGAGUUCCUGGCUUUGGGGUGGGCGCUGGAGGCGUUCCUGGCUUUGGGGUCGGCACUGGAGCCGUUCCUGGUGCUGGGGUCGGUCCCGGAGGUAUCCCUGGGACAGGUGUCUCCCCCGCUGCUGCCGCUGCUGCCGCCAAAGCAGCUAAGUACGGAGCGGCCGCCGCCGCCAAAGCUGCUGCCAAAGCCGCCCAGUAUGGAUUAGUUCCAGGUGUGGGAGGCCUAGGAGGGGUGCCAGGUGGUGCUGGAGGCAUCGCAGGAGCCGGGACUCCAGCGGCCCAGGCAGCCGCCAAAGCAGCCGCCAAAGCCCAGUACAGAGCUGCCGCUGGUAUCGGAGGAGUUCCUGGCUACCCAGGUAGUGUCUUCCCUUCUGUCCCAGGCUAUGCAGCUCCCGGAUCCCUGGCAGCAGCCAAAGCAGCUAAGUAUGCCGCAGCUGGAGGAGCUGGAGGCCUGGGAGGCGCCGGAGCUGGCUUGGUACCUGGUGUGGGCGGAGUCCCAGGAGCGGGAGCUGGAGGCCUGGGAGGUCUCGGAGGUGUUCCAGGAGCAGGCACCCCAGCUGCAGCUGCAGCCGCCAAAGCCGCUGCCAAGGCUGCCCAGUAUGGCCUUGGCGGGGCUGGGGGGCUGGGAGGCAUAGGCGUCCCAGGCAUUGGAGGCAUUGGUGGGGUCCCCGGCGUCGGAGGCGUCCCAGGUGUUGGAGGAGUCCCGGGCGUCGGAGGCAUUGGAGGCGUCCCCGGAGUGGGAGGAGCAGGAACGCCAGCUGCAGCCGCUAAAGCUGCUGCCAAAGCAGCUAAGUAUGGUGCUGUUGGUGGGGCCGGCCUUGUGCCAGGAGCCGGAGGCUUGCCAGGGACCCGGGCGCUGCCAGGGGCAGGUGCCCCGUCAUUUGGCUAUGGACUUUCACCUAUUUACCCAGGUGGUGGAGCUGGUGGGCUGGGAUUUGGUGGAAAACCUUCCAAACCAUACGGCGGCGCCCUCGGAGCCCUGGGAUAUCGAGGUGGGGCUUGUUUGGGGAAAUUGUGUGGCCGGAAGAGAAAGUAAAUCUUCCCAGGACACCGACCCGCGACCUCAUGAACUUUGGUGCUACUGCCUAGUCUAGAAUGUAUACCUUGAGUGACUCCCCUCCCCCUCCCUCCCUGGCCCUCCCCUCCUCUUCCCCCUCUGCCCCUCCCCCUCUCCCAGGGUCAGACCCUUCUCACUGGAGUGUUCCUGCAGUCACCCACCCACCUGGUGGGGGAAGGGGUUGGGGUGGGGGGAGGCACAGGCCCACAGGGCAGGCAAACAUAAGAACCAGGGGUCGGCUUGGAAUUCUGUCCCCUUCCCUAAAGGAGCUUGGGUUAGGGGAGGGGUCAGACCCCCCUCUCCACCACCACCCCAUUCCCACCUAGGAGCUCUCCCCUCUAUGUUCAUGAUCUUGAGGGAAAUAUGGUGCUACUUGUUGGUGCUUAUCACUUUCUUGGGGGCGAGGGAGGAGGGAAGAGGGGGAUCCCCUGGAGGAGCCCCUCACCCAGGGGCUCCUCUAAGCACAGCCCACCCCCACCAGGAAAGGUCAACCCAGGACUCCCAGCCCUGCUCUCCCACUGGGAUGACCAAUCUUUGGAGUUGGGUCUGUUUGCCCAACGUUGUACCCAAGCACUUUAAGUCAGCCUCAGUCCUGGUCCUGACCCAUCUCCAUCUGGCCACCUCUCCCUCCCCCUCAGAGGGCUGUCCCUUGAGUCUCUCCCAGACUGCUCCUCACAUCCAUCCUUGGAGCCAGUGUACCCAAAGACUGGGAACAGCCACGCCCUGACCUUAUCAGAAUUUAGUUCUCCAUUCAUCCGUCCACCCCUCAGCCCCAAAACUUCACCCCCAGUCUGGCAAGAGGCUCCUGCCCUGGCAGACUUGAAUGUCUUUCAGUGAUGCCCUCUACCUGGUAGGACCCAUCCUGGUCUUCCCCACCUCUACCCCUCACCCCAAGCCUGCCACCACAUACACUCGCACACACCACUGGCAAGGGCAGACCUCUGCCAUGGGCGGUGUGGGGACGCAUGCAUGUACUCACCAUCGACAGCGACUCCAAGCCCGCCAAACCUGGGACAGCCACCAGUGCCCAGGAGCCCAAGAGGCCCAAGAGCGGGGCUGUGGCGGGAGGGGAAUCAGAGGGAACCAAGGGCCCAGAGCUUCCUGCCUAUCCCUGGUCUAUCUCACCCAGCAGUACUGUAUCCUCAGUCCCUUGAGCCCCGUCAGAGGACCUCUUCUAACAUUCAGGCUCUGUCUCCGUGUCUCGCUGUGAUAGAUCAAUAAAUAUUUUAUUUUUUGUCCUGGAUACUUGGGGUUUAUUUUGGUUUGGGAUUUUUUUUGGUUUGAUUUUGUUUUGGGGGGUUGUUUAAAUUUUUUUUCUGGUUCGGGGAGCUGUAUCCCCACAGAGGGGAACUGACCCCCCUGUGUCCUUUUUAAUCACUUUGGUAUCACUUUGGAUGGGACACACUUUUUUUUUAAAUAAGAAAAGAAAAGUAACUGCUUCAGAAA